CAAAUUGUAAAUACAAAUGAUGGGAUGUAGCCUUACCAGAUUAAGGAAAUGGAGGAAAAAAACCUUCUUCGCUGCCAGUCUGAUCAAAAAUCUCAAGAAAUCCAUCAGCUGCAAGAAGAACUGAAAACAGCUAAACAGUUUCUGAAGGAGACCCAGAAUUAUGCGGAAGAGAUGAAAAAGAAGAGUUUGUCUCAGGAAAUACAAUUAGAAAAGAAAGAAGCUGAGAUUCGGGAUUUAGAGGGGAAAAAUCAAGAUUUGACUGAGGAACUUGAGAAAGUGCAGUCAGAGUUGCAACUUAAACAAGCUGAGAUCGCUCAUCUCCAAAAUCUAUCUGCAGCCGAGUUGGCUUGUUUAAAAAAGGAAAUAGUAAACAUCAAGGCAGAGCAAAAGAAACUUCAAGAGCAACUUAACAACUCGCUUCAAGAAAAUGAGCAACUGAGCAAGGAACACACCUCACUUGGUGAAGAGCAUACCUGGAAGACAAGAUGCCCCCAGGGUUAUGGUUGA